AUGUCAUCACGAAUUCGAGUGCCUCUUCGUGACCGUUCGCCGCUACUCCCGCUGUCAGGACGUUCCUCCCCAGGUGGAGGCCAUUUUGGUGAAUCUAGUGGACACCGCUACGCAGAUGACUUGGAGGGGCAAAAUGAUGAAAUGCUGGAGGGAUUGAGCGCCAAAGUAAAACAACUGAAGGAUAUGACGAUUGGCAUUGGGAGCGAAGUUCGACAAUCGGCGGUGCAGCUAAGCCAGAUGAACGACGCCUUUGCAGAAACGUCCGGGAUCCUUUCGGGGACAUUCCGUCGAAUGAACAACAUGGCUGCGCGCCAGGGCUGCCGAUGGCUGUGGUACAUCGUCUUUCUGGUCAUCGUUUUCUGGUUUUUCCUGGUUGUCUGGUGGUUCCGGAGGUGA